AUGGCUGGCUAUUCAUUUCAAUCAUCUUCUUCAUCGGGAGGCGGUGCUGAUAGCGCGUUCCAACAAGCUGAUGCAAACGGUGAUGGACGUGUCGAUAUCAAUGAAUUCCGUAACUUUCUUGGUCAAAACCUCGGUGGUGGUGGCGGUGCAAGUGCAGGUGCUGGUUCGUCAUACGAAUCAUCAGCCUCAUUUGGUGCUGGUGGUGGUGGUGGUGGUUUCGGUGCAAGUGCUGGUUCGUCAUACGAAUCAUCAGCCUCAUUUGGU